AUGGGAAAUACAUGGCAGACAAUCAAACAAUGGAAAAUAAAACCUGAUGAACUAAUAUCAGUUAUUAGAUUUUCGUCAAAUAACAAUUAUGUCGGACUAGCGGUGCAAGCUCAAAGUCGUAACUGGCACUUUGAACCGCGAAAUAGGCAAACAACAGAUGUAAUUUGGACAAUUCAAUUAGAUAAUCAUGAUAGACGACGAUUUCCUAUACCACUUCAAACGGAGGAGUGGUUAAUUGUGCAUAAUUUAAAAAAAUUAAUUACACAAAUCGAUAAAAAUGGACAAGUGAAAAGAACAAUUAAAUAUCCAGAAGUUUUACGUAAUGCUGUACUAAUCGAACAACAACAAUGUCUUAUUAUUGCAACAGAUAAAAAACAAUUACAUUUUUAUGAUUUAUAA